UUGUGCUGGCUGUGGGAAGCGCCGUCUUCGAUGCGAUGUUCAAUGGUGGAAUGGCCACGACCUCGACGGAGAUCGAGCUGCCCGACGUGGAGCCCGCUGCCUUCCUCGCUCUGCUCAAAUUUCUUUAUUCAGACGAAGUUCAGAUCGGACCAGAGACUGUUAUGACAACACUUUACACAGCUAAAAAAUACGCAGUCCCGGCGCUCGAAGCUCAUUGUGUGGAGUUUCUCAAGAAGAACCUCCGAGCAGACAACGCGUUCAUGCUGUUAACCCAGGCAAGGCUUUUUGACGAGCCUCAGCUGGCCAGCCUUUGCCUAGAGAACAUAGACAAGAACACGUCUGACGCCAUCAAUGCGGAGGGGUUUACAGACAUUGAUCUGGACACCCUGGUUGCAGUGCUGGAGAGGGACACGCUGGGGAUCCGGGAGGUGCGUUUGUUUAACGCGGUGGUUCGCUGGUCGGAGGCUGAGUGUCAACGGCAGCAACUUCAGGUGAUUCCAGAGAACAAGCGGAAAGUGCUGGGCAAAGCGCUUUCCCUUAUCCGCUUCCCAUUGAUGACUAUUGAGGAGUUUGCAGCAGGAGCGGCAGGGUCAGCGGAGCCCCGGCAUCGCGACCGGGCCCUGCAGCCGCCCGCGGUGCUCGUGAGCCUCUUCCUGCACUUCACCGUGAACCCCAAGCCGCGCGUGGAGUUCAUCGACCGGCCGCGCUGCUGCCUGCGGGGCAAGGAGUGCAGCAUCAGCCGCUUCCAGCAAGUGGAGAGCCGCUGGGGCUACAGCGGCACCAGCGACAGGAUCAGGUUCUCAGUAAAUAAAAGGAUAUUUGUAGUUGGGUUUGGAUUAUACGGAUCCAUACAUGGGCCAACGGAUUACCAAGUAAAUAUACAGAUCAUCCACACGGACAGUAACACCGUCCUGGGCCAGAACGACACGGGCUUCAGCUGCGACGGCUCCUCCAACACCUUCCGCGUCAUGUUCAAGGAGCCCGUGGAGAUUUUACCCAACGUCAACUACACGGCGUGUGCUACUCUCAAGGGUCCAGAUUCCCACUACGGAACCAAAGGACUGCGCAAAGUGAUCCACGAAUCACCCACCACAGGAGCCAAAACCUGCUUCACGUUCUGCUACGCGGCUGGGAAUAACAACGGCACUUCUGUGGAAGAUGGACAAAUCCCAGAGAUCAUCUUCUAUACAUAGUCCAGCUGCCCGGUUGGCUCUGGACUUUUCCGUUCUCUUCCCCGUUGACCUUCCAAACUAAAUUUCUGGCUGAGUUUGACCACACCAAUUGGAGCCACACUAGCCAAAGGUCUCAGUAAAAUCAUUUCAAAGCUCAUGUUUUGCCUUGUGCUAGUGAUUCUGCUGCUAUCAUGUACCAGAGUAACUGGUUUACCAGUGUCAGUCGUAGAUUGUCCGUGGCUACUCAUUUUUCACCUUACUGAUUAACCCUAUCUAA